AAUUCUUGAAACCUUUUGUGGUCAUCAUGCAGAAAAGUAAUUCUUCUGAAAUUUGUGAGCUUAUUGUUCGAUGUGUUUCUCAGAUGGUUUUGAGUUGUGUUAAUCAUGUGAAGUCUGGGUGGAAAAGUGUUUUCAUGGUUUUCACAACUGCUGUCGCUGAUGAUCGUUCCCUUCAUUGCCUGUUGACAAUCUAUACAUGGAAGAAGUGUACGUUAAGUUUGGAGAGGAAUUAUGCUUCACUGUUGGAGGUCAGCAUAUUCCUUUUGGUGCAUCACCACAGGUAAGUUUAUUUUUCCUUUCUCU